AUGGCUGUGCCGACACCUCCCAUUCCGCCAGUCUCGCCAGACUCGGGCCCUACCAACCCUACGCUACCCAAGCUCCCUACAGGAUGGAUAGCGCAGUGGGAUAACUCCAGCGCCAUCGUACGACUAGACACAGCGACUGACUCAUGGCCCAUAGAUGUUCAAAUAAGCACCGGUGUCUCGCAAUGGGAACUGCCCACUAGUGAAGCUCCAAUAGGCGGCUCAAACCACAGCACACCAGCCCAGCACACGAACCCGUACAACAAACCAGAAGGCACAGGUCCAGAAGCUCACGACGGAACAAGAGGCAUGGGCGACGGACCGACUGGCGACCGCGCUGGCGGAUUAGGCGGCUUCGCAAUGAACGCUCUUAUGGGCGGCAACAAGCAGAGCAGCAGCAGCAGCGGCGGCGGCGCUGGUAAUCUCAUGGGCCUCGCUGGUCAGUUUCUCGGAGGCGGAAAGCAGUCUGGAGGCUCCGGCGGACAGUCAGGCGGUGGAGGUGGCGCUGGUAAACUUGUGGGACAGCUUGCUAGUGGCUUGCUCGGUGGUGGAAAGCAGUCUGGCGGACAACAAGGUGGUUCUGGCCACGGAUCGAGUGGUGGUGGCGGCCUUGGUGGCAUGCUCGGAAGCGUACUCGGUGGUGGAUCGCAUAACAAGCCAAACAGCGACUACGGGUACAACAACUCGGGUGCUCCAUCUGGCGGAUCCUACACAGGCACGGCCCCGCCGGCUUCCUACAACCCAGGAGGUGCUCAAGGCGGACAAUACGGCGGCGGUGCUCCAAGUCACUCCAACUAUUCGUCACCCGCACCUGGACAACAAUACGGUCAGGCUCAGGGCCAUGGAAGCUAUGGGUCGCAACAGCACACCCCACAGCCACAACAUGGACAACAGCACGGACAAGGACAGGGACAACAUGGCUACGGCUCGCAGGCUGGUUUCGGUGGACAAUCGGGAUACGGAGGACCAGCUCCUGGCUACGGUCAGGGACCUCCAGCAGGCGGACCACCAGGAGGCUACGGUCAACAAGCCGGUUAUGGAGGCCCUGCAUACGGCGCUGCACCCAGCGCCCCGUACGGCGGUGCCGCCAACUACGACCAACACCAGCACAACCAGUACGGCGGUGCCCCAACGCAUGCGAACCAGUACGGAGGAGGCCAGCAAUACCCCCCACCCCCUGGCGGCGGCCAUCAAUCUGGCUACGGCGGUCCUCCGAGUCACCACACCCCUCAGCCGGGAUGGCAGUAA